UCCCGGCAGCGAUGGCGGGGCUGUACGGCGGCGUGGAGGGCGGGGCCACCCACUCCAGGGUGGUGGUGGUCUCUGGGGAUGGUCGCAUCCUGGCCGAGAUGGAGGGACCCUGCACCAACCACUGGCUCAUCGGCUCCGAGAAGUGCCUGGAGAGGAUCGCGUGGAUGGUCAGCGAGGCCAAGAGCAAAGCGGGGGCCGAUCCCCAGGUCCCCCUCCUCUCCCUGGGUCUGUCCCUCAGCGGGGGGGACCAGCGGGACGCGGUGGAGAAGCUGUCGGAGGAGCUGGGCCGGCGCUUCCCGCGCCUGAGCCGCAGCUACCACAUCACCACGGACGCCGUGGGGGCCAUGGCCACGGCCACCGACCAGGGCGGCAUCGUCCUGAUUUCGGGAACUGGCUCCAACUGCAAACUCAUCAACCCCGACGGGUCGGAGACGGGCUGUGGUGGCUGGGGACACAUGAUGGGUGACGAGGGCUCAGCGUACUGGAUCGCACACCAGGCCGUGAAGAUGGUUUUUGACUGCAUGGACAACCUGGAGGUGCCCCCCCACGACGUCGGAUAUGUCAAGGAGGCCAUGUUUGAGUACUUUCAGAUCUCGGACAGGAUGGGCCUCCUGACCCAUCUCUACCGCACCUUCGAGAAGUCCAAGUUUGCAGGAUUUUGCCAGAAGCUGGCGGAGGGUGCCCAGGCUGGAGACCCACUUUGCUGCCACAUCUUCAACAAAGCCGGUGAGGUCCUGGCUCGCCACGUGGUCGCCGUGCUGCCCAAAAUUGAUGAGAGCCUGUUCCUGGGGGAGCUGGGCUUGCCCAUCGUCUGCGUGGGCUCCGUCUGGAACAGCUGGGAGAGGAUGCAGGCGGGGUUCAUCCGGGUGCUGGCACAGGCCCGGGAUGAGGCUCCCGGGAAUCUCUUCUCCCGCUUCAGCCUGAUGAAGCUGAAACGUUCCUCGGCGCUCGGCGGGGCCCGCUUGGGCGCCAGGAGCAUCGGCCAAGUCCUGCCCUUGGACCACGCCAGCAACGUGGAUGUCUUCUACACCCACACCUUCUAGCCCUUGGGACAUUCCAGGACCCUGCCCGGAGCGGGGGGGAUUUUGGAGAAGUGGGGUUUGUCAUUUGACAACGUCAAGGUU